GGAAGUGACAUCAGAUGAGAGUUACGACAAGCAGAUUAAAGCAGCAAAUGAUGCUGGAAAUUUAGCUGUAGUGGAUUUCAGCGCGAAGUGGUGCGGGCCUUGCAAGGUGGUGACACCUGUGUAUGCGCAGCUGAGCACGUUGUAUCCCCAGGCAAAAUUCCUGAAGGUUGAUAUCGACGAGCCAGAACUGGAGCGAACUGUCAUCAACAAUGGUAUUGCAAGCGUGCCCACAUUUGUUUUUAUCAAGGAUGGCGAGGAGAAAGUCAAGUUCAGCGGCGCGGAUGUGGCAAAGCUGAAGGAGUCUUUGGACAAGCUGGCUUGAGUCAAGCCGCUGACACAUUGUGAUCCUGUCAUUGUGACCUCUGCUGCAGCACAAGUCGAAGGCAUGACAGACAGUCAUGCUGCAAUAACUGGGACGAUGUCAACAGUACCACUCGGCUGCAAUGGCAUGCAUGUGUCAAUGAGACUGUAUGUGUUUUGAAACAUCCUAAGUUUGGCUAGGCAACGGUUGGAUUGCCUGCACAACGGCAAAGGAUCUGCAGCGCUGCUUCAAGUUGAACACAUGGCUGUGAUAUGCUUGGCAUCUGAAAUGCAUGACUGCCAUUGUUUGCGACAGUGCUUUGACGCAGUGACCUCAAUGUUCUCCAUGCACCUGUGCGAUAUUUGUAUCCGUUCCACUUGUUACAGGAGGAACGUGCCAUGAAAGGACUGUCUCAGACACUGCUUUCGCUGUGAACAAUGCUGCUGAUCACGACUUGUAAUUCCUGACCAUCAUAAGCUAUUAAGAUCUGCUCUGUUGCUGACAGGGGUCUGCAACACAACUGGCUGUUUUACACAAAAAUAGCGGCCAUUGUGU